UUAUGCUCAUUCGUGUUUUACUCGCGUACGAACGUGGCCGCACGCUACUGAUCUACUUACGAGCUUUUUAAUGUGCAUGUUACGUGUAUACGUUUGCUUUCAACACAUCGUUGUAAUAAAAAUUUAAACGGGAUUAUACAGUGCGAGACACAAAUACCCAACUAUUUCUGAAGAUUGAUUUUUUCCGUUCAAAUAGUAAACUAAAAGACGUGUAUUCAAUGAUAUAUAGUACAUCGUUUUUUAAAUAAUAAAUCCAUCGGAAUUAUUGGCGUACCGAAUAAUAAAAUUGAAAUACAGAGACGGUAUGAAUGAAUCAAUAAGACCACAAAAGGUACCUACAUUUAGUAUGAGAAACCAAUUUUGUUUUUCUGAACAAUAAACAGAAUGGCAACCAUUAUGGCUGUAAACACUACAACGUCACCCAAGAAUUCGCUCGCAAAAUUUGUAUUGUCUCCUAAAACACGACCUUUCAAAGUCAUGGUAUUAGGACAAUCGGGGGUUGGAAAAUCAGCCUUAGUAGUUCGAUUUAUAACACGAAGGUUCAUCGGCGAAUACGAUCCUAAUUUGGAAAAAAUAUAUGGUUUCCAAACUGUAAUAGAUAACGAGAUGGUAUAUUUCGAAAUACUGGAUUCUGCAGGAGAUUCACACGAAUCCGAAUACGCAAACCUGGAAAGCAACAUAAGAUGGGCAGAAGCCUUUAUUUUGAUGUAUUCAGUCACAGACAAAUGCUCCUUCGACGAGUGUCACCGUCUCAAAUUUCUUAUUAACCACAACAAAAGACGACGUCGACUUACAUCAUCUAUGAGGGAUUGCGUGCUUGAGACACCGGUAGUAUUGGUUGGGAACAAAACCGACCAGAUUGGAGACCGCAUGAUCACUAUGGAGGAAGGCAAACGACGAAGCAAAGAAAUCGGCUGCGUUUGUUUUCACGAAAUCUCCGUGAGAGAAAGUAUCGAUCAGGUAUGGGGUGUGUUUUGCGACGCACGGCGUUUCUGGCGUGUGAGUAAUAAAUGGACUCGCGGCAGGACCGAAGGAGAAAUUCACUCUAUCGCACUGGGCCGGCCAUUGUCUAGAGCUGCAUCCGACGCAACUGCCGAUUUUAGGACUCCCUUUUGUCGGCGCUGGACAGAGAUGGAAUUAGACGAAGAAGACGAAGUAACGUUCGAACGUAGUGACUCUACAUCGUCGUCGGGACAAUCGGAGUGCUCUGAGGAGUUCAGAGCUCGCGCCAGCACAGACUCAAGGCUACCCCCGCGCCCCUCCAGACCACGACAUCCCCGCACAGUUAGAACUUUUGCUCCUCCCGUUAGAAGAAUGAGCGUUGCUAUGAAGGGGAACAAUACCAGCUCAUAUUGAAUUUUAUAGACGACGCAGUAAAAGAAAAAUACUAAGAUAUGAUUGCAUAUCUAAAUAAUACGUAUAUUGUAUCCAUCCAUAUCUAACUAUACAAUUUUAUAAUGAUUUCUUAUGUUUACGCAAAUGUUAGACAUUGAAAUAAAACUAUUUACGGAUUU